ACAUCAUCGCCCAGCAGCAGUCGAGGAACUCCAUUCUAACUGAAUGGAUUGGUAUGGGGAAAAGCGGACCUCAAAACCUGGCUAAGCGGAGGCUUUGGAACUCUAUUUGUUUUAUGAUGGUAUUAGUCUCUCUGUUGCUCAGACCAGCAUGUUGCCACCAGUGCCGAAUUCAGCGCUGCAACACCGAGUACGUGGCCUCCACGUCGCCCUCUAGCGGCCUGCAUGACGACGCGGCGUCGGACGUGGACUACUGCAUCGCGCUGCGGGCCUACUCGCUCUGCACCCGGCGCAUGGCGCGCAGUUGCCGCGGCGACCUCUUCUACCACUCGGCCGUCUUCCGCAUCAAGGAGCUGUUCACGCAGCACAACUGCUCCAGCGACGGGCCCACGUCGUCGGGCCGGGCCGCCGGCACGCCGCGGCCCGCCGUGCCGGAGCUGUGCGACUACGAGAGCCGCGCGGCCGCCGCCGCCGGGGGGGCCCGCGGGAAGUACGCGCACUGCGGCCUGUUCGGCGACCCGCACCUGCGCACCUUCCGCGACGAGUUCCAGACCUGCAAGGUGGAGGGCGCCUGGCCCCUCGUCGACAACCGCUACCUGUCCGUGCAGGUGACCAACGUGCCCGUCGUGCCGGGGUCCAGCGCCACCGCUACCAGCAAGAUCACGGUGAUCUUCAAGGCCUUCCGCGGCUGCACGGAGCAGAAGGUGUACCAGGCCACCACGGAGGACCUGCCCUCGGCGUUCCAGGACGGGACGCGGAGCGGCGGGCAGGGCGGCAGCCUGUGGAUCGCGGAGCGGGGCGGGGGCGCGGGCGGGCGCCAGGUCCGGAUCCAGGCGCAGUACAUCGGCACGUCCAUCAUCGUGCGGCGGGUGGGCCGCUACCUCACCUUCGCCAUCCGCACCCCCGAGGACCAGCUGGGCUCGGCCGAGGAGAGCGGGGGGCUGCAGCUGUGCCUGCACGGCUGCCCGCGCAGCGAGCUCAUCAAGGAGCACACGCUGGGCAGCCAGAGCCUGGCCCCGGCCCCGCCCGACCCGGGGGCUGCGCCCGCCCGCCAGGCCUACACCGUGGAGGCCGCCACGGCCAAGUGCCGCGAGACGCUGCAGGUGGAGGACGUCUACUUCCAGUCGUGCGUGUUCGACCUGCUCACCACGGGGGACCCCGACUUCUCGCUGGCGGCUUUCGGGGCCCUGGAGGACCUGAAGGCCCUGCCGCCCAGCAGACUGAGGCAGAGCUCGCCCAGGACUCCCCCGCUGCAGACCGGCAGCUCCCCGGGCCUCGCCCCGGGCCGUGUCCCCUGCCUGCUCACACUGCUGGCCCUGCUUCUGUUGCUUUUGUAAAAAAAAAAAAGAAAUUCUAAGAACAAAUGACAACUGAGUGAGAAAACGGUCACCGGGAAGGCGACUCCAGCUUGAGGAAGGAGUGCUCUGAAACUAGCCUUUUUUCCUUCUUUUUAAAUAUUUUUUUUCACCCCACCAUUUUGUAUGUUCUUUUUGCAACGAUAGACCCUGCUUGGAAAAUCUUUCUCAUUGCACCACCUUGGUGAGGACAUUAAUCCUGAAGGAACACUAGAACAUUUCCUCACAGCGAGGAUCUCCCCUCUACGUUUACGUCCAGGGACCCGUCUCCACGUCCCAGACUCUAACUGCUCCGUGCUUUCCUUUCCCUUCCGAUGUGAUUAUCGUUGUGACCGUUUGUGUGGUUGACAAAGGGCGGAUUGACACUCGUAUGUGACUCUUUAAAAAUGUGAAACUGCAAACGCCAUGGCUUUCUGGGUGGGUUGUGAAGGCAGCUAACUAGUUGACAAGACUUUUGUUAACAUUUCCGAAGUUCCUAGAAAUGUAAUACACAAACACACGGAAAUACGACUAAACAAUAAUUUCAAAAAGGUAGCGUAAACACGCUAUGGAUGGUGCUGACCUUUUUAGGUCAAUGCUGAUUAUUAGGCUACACUCGGUACUGGCCAGAAUUCACCCGAAUUAGCUUUGCGUAAUCUGACACUGCUAUUGAAUGAAAAUGGUAUUGUGACAUUCACUAUAGUAUGUAUGUUCUUAUACGACAUCCAACAACUACAUGGAAAUACUACCUAUCCAGAUAUAUUUUACGUCUUGUCGGUACUUUGUGGUCAGCGUCCGCAGAAUUAACUCUUUUAUAAAACGAAACACUCCUUCUUCAAGCUGCUCCUCUUCCAGCAUUAUUUUUAAGGUAAAGAAACAAAUCCUCUAUAUAAUAAUAUAUUAAAAGAGUGUAUAUAUGUGUUUUAUAAAAGUGUACAUUUGCUUGUAUAUAGUUUUUAACUGAUAUGUGUUGUACUCCUGUGUGAUUUGCAGUUAGUUAAUUGUUUUGCAUAUUUGUAAGAGGAAAAAAAAAGAACUAAUACGUGUUGCCAUAUAACCCUUGUUAUUUUUCCAUAUUAAAAGCGUUGGACAUGUA